CUGCUGUAGGACUCGUAGGCUGGGGAAGACUCCUGCACCCUCACUGCUGUAGGACUCGUAGGCUGGGGAAGACUCCUGCAUCCUCACUGCUAUAGGACCCAUAACUGGGGAAGACUCCUGCACCCUCACUGCUGUAGUACCCAUAGCUGGGGAAGACUCCUGCACCCUCACUGCUCUAGUACCCAUAGCUGGGGAAGACUCCUGCACCCUCACUGCUAUAGGACCCAUAACUGGGGAAGACUCCUGCAUCCUCACUGCUGUAGGACCCACAGGCUGCAGUGCCCCAGCCUCUCUAUAGGUUAUGUGAUAGCACUGUGGUCCCUGGAGCUGGAUGUCCCUACCCUGGUGCUGCUGUGAGCUCUAGGAAUUCUUGACUGCUAUAUUCCUCCCCAUAAAGGACUACACCCCAUCAUCUCAAGGCUGUAGUGAUUGCAGCUGCCUGGCUCCAGUGCUCUGCCACACACAGCCUCACCAUCUCCAUGUAGAAGCCUCCACAUCUUGGACAUGCCCAGUAUCAUUUCUCCUGCCUCCUUCAUAUCCUGGGGCUCCCCUGUGCCCCUGCUGCCACAUGAAUGCCCAGCAGCCUCACACAUCAUGUGCUAGCUGGUGCUUCUUACUGUAAGGUGUCCUCGGCCAUACAGAAUAAGAUCUCCUGGUGAACUGUGCAUGGUGCUUCCUUUGCCUGUGGGCAACAUUUUUUACUUGCACAAGUUGACAUCUUGGCCUUCCUGCGCAUCCUAUCCUCUGGGGACAUGGAGUGGCCAUGUGGGUAUUCCUGGUGGCAUCUUGGAAUUGUCUUCUUUGUGCAUUGGGCGGCUGGAGAGAUGGGGAACAAAGCCAAGAGCUGUGAAGCAGUGAGACAGGUGUAUAGUGCCAAAGGCUUCAGCCUAAGCGGAGUCCCCCAGUCAGAGAUAUCAGGUGAACAUCUGAGGAUUUGUCCACAAGGCUACACCUGCUGCACCUCGGAGAUGGAAGAAAACUUCUCCAACAUCAGUAAAAUGGAGUUUGACAACUCUCUGAGAGAAUCCAGCCUGUCCGUCCAGGGCCUGCUCUUCACGCAGAACCGAAACUUUGACCGAUACUUCCAGGACUUGUUGAACAAAUCAGAGCAGAUCCUCGUGGACACAUUUCCCAGCCAGUAUGGGGAACUUUACACCCAAAAUGACGGAAAUAUAUUCAGAGACUUGUACGUAGAGCUACGGCGGUAUUACCGCGGCAACGGAGUGAAUCUGGAGGAGGCACUGACAGAGUUCUGGAGCCACCUACUGGAGAGAGUGUUCAAGACACAGAACUCACAGUUCACCUUUUCUUAUGAAUACUUAGACUGUCUGGUGAAGCAGUAUGACCAGCUGAAGCCAUUCGGGGAUAUUCCACGUGAAAUUAAACUAAAAGCGACCAGGGCAUUUAUUGCUGCCCGAUCCUUUGUCCAGGGACUUGGCGCCGCGGCUGAUAUUGUCAGGAAGGUCACGCAGCAGGUCCCUAUGAGUCGAGAAUGCACACGUGAAGUCAUGAAGCUCAUGUAUUGUCCGCUCUGUCGUGGUCACGCCAACACAAAGCUGUGUGACAAUUAUUGCUGGAACGUCAUGCGAGGAUGUCUCGCCAAUCAGGCAGAUUUAGACCCUGAGUGGCGGAAUCUUAUUGAAUCCUUAUUGCUGGUGGCAGGAAAGUUUAAUGGUGUUGCCGGAGUGGAGAACAUUGUGGGAACUAUCCACACCAAGAUCUCAGAAGCCAUUACCCAUAUGCAGGAGAACAAAGAGGUCAUAACAAACAAGGUGUUUAAAACUUGUGGAAAUCCCAAAAAGGCCAACAAGGGCUCCAAGACAGAGGAGAGGAAGAGAAAAGGAAAAGCUGUUCCAGAAGAUAAAUCCACAAUCCCCAGUAUGGACAACCUGGUUUCAGAUGUGAAAGUAAUGCUCACCGAAAUCCAAGAUUAUUGGGUAUCUCUACCAAACUUAUUCUGCAGUGAAAAGGUAAUUGCUGGUCCAGGCAAUGAAGACAAGUGCUGGAACGGAAUGGCAAGAGCAAGGUACAUGCCCGAGCGUAUGGGCAGUGGACUCGCCAACCAGAUAAAUAAUCCUGAGAUUGAUGUGGAUAUUACAAAGCCUGACAUGACUAUCCGUCAGCAGAUCAUGCAGCUGAAGAUUAUGACUAAUCGCCUCCGCAAUGCUUACAAUGGAAACGACGUGGACUUCCAAGACACAAGUGAUGACAUCAGCGGCUCGGGGAGCGGAGAUGGCUGCACCGAUACUGUGUGUGUCAAAACAGUUUCCGGAGACUCCACAGCGAUCCACACGCAGACACACGUAAUACAUAAAGAUAAGUCACCGAGGGGAAACGCCAGCUUAAACUCAUGGAAUCUACUGCUCCUUCUUGCCGCUUUGCUUGUGGCACACUUUGCCAGGUGGUAACCUCUGUGAAUUGUCAUAUAAAGGGAAAUGCGGUAACUUUUCUCCCUAAAUAAACUUGACCUUCUUCUAUAUUUGGAAGUAGAUGAAAAUGGAAAGGAAGCAAGUGCUGGAGAUUAGGCCACUAUAACACUGUGCUCUUCUGCAGGCUCCGCCUGUCUCCAUACCUGUACAUUAUUUGUAAUUGCGUGUAUUUUAUUUUCCAAUACAGAUAAAUCUUAUCUGGCUGUUUUUUUUUUGUUUUGUUUUUUUCCUUUGGUUGAUAGGAAAAAAAAUUGUUAAAAGUGACAUAAAGCUUCACUAAUAUUGUGUCUCUUUUCUAAAAUUAAAAAUAAAAUGACGAAAAAAAUGGUAAAAUGUAAAAUAUUUAUUAGUGCAAAGACAUACUGUUCUAUACAUAUACGACUGACAAGCACAAAGAAGCAAUGUAUGCAAUUUUCCUCGUUUCUAUAUAAAGUACAUUUUUCUUCA